UGCAGACGUUCAAACAGUUCGAAAUUAGUCGUUGAAUAGAAGAGUCGCUUAUUGGCAAUCAUAAUGGGUGGUUUGCGGUGGUUAUUCGCACUAUUGGUGGUGGUUCCCGCCGCUUGGAGUGCCAAUAUUUUGGGCCUCUUCAGUAGCCACAGUCAAUCGCAUUUGAUAUUACACAUGUCCAUGAUUAAGGCGCUGGCCGAAGAGGGUCACAAUGUGACCGUGGUGUCGAUGAUAAAGCCGACGGUAAUGCAUAAGGACAUACAUCUGAUCGUGGUGCCGGCGUCGGAGGAGCAUGAAAGGGCGAUGGAUAAUCAACUAAAGGAAAUGACGGGAAGAAAGCACUCAGCCAUUGAUACACUUUUACGUCUUGUGAGCGGAAUGGAUGCAGUGAUUGAAUCGCAGGCUGAUCUGCUGACGGAUGAACGCUUCCAACGGAUAUAUGAGACAAAGUUUGAUUUAAUGUUUAUGGGAUACUUUCUCAACGAUUUCCAGCUGGGCGUGGCCAACAAGUUGAAGGUGCCUGUAAUUGUGGCUUGGAUGCAGGCACCGGUUCUCGUCUUAGAUGAGCUCGUUGGCAAUCCCGGAGAGAUUUCAUACGUCCCCAUAAUGGGCACUUCGUUAGGUCGUGGUGAAAAAAUGAGCUUUAGCAAACGACUCGAGAAUCUAGGAAAAAGUGUGCUUUUAAGGAUUGUUGCCAUAUACUUUAACCAUCGUAGUGAGAGGUACUACAAUCAGAUAUUUGGCAAGGCAGUUGAUUGUUCAACUUUUCAGGAAAUUAAGCGCAAUAUCUCAAUGAUUUUUACCAACAGUCACUUGAUCAGUGAAGGUCCAAUUCGACCUCUUGUGCCGGCUAGCGUGGAAAUUGGAGGUAUACAGGUCAAGGAUAAGGCCGAUCCCUUGCCGAAAGAUAUUGCCGAAUUCCUAGACAAUGCAGAGCAUGGCGGCAUUUUACUCUCACUUGGCUCAAAUAUCAAGGGUACAUCUGUAAAGCCGGAGCUGGUGCAGUCCAUGUUCAAGACGUUGUCCUCACUGAAACAGCGUGUGAUUUGGAAGUGGGAUGAUUUGGAGAAUACUCCUGGCAAAUCGGCAAAUAUACUUUACAAGAAGUGGCUGCCACAGGACGACAUACUAGCCCAUCCCAAGAUCAAGCUAUUUAUUACCCAUGCAGGCAAAGGCGGCAUUACGGAAGCGCAAUACCACGGCGUACCUAUGGUAGCCCUACCCGUCUUUGGGGAUCAAAUCACCAAUGCGGACUCUAUGCAAAGUUCCGGCUAUGGAAUCACACUGGAUCUACUUCAGCUCAACGAAGAGAACUUCAAAUCAACCAUUCAUGAAGUUCUCCAAAAUAAAAAGUACAAAUCGGCAAUUGGAAAAUUCUCAAAGCUGUACCGGGACAGGCCACUGACGGCUCGACAGACGGUGCUCUACUGGACGGAGUAUGUUUUGAGGCAUCACGGUGCUCCCCAUUUACAGAGUCCGUCAGUUCACAUGAACUCUGUGGCCUACUUGAACUUGGAUGUCUAUGCCUUGCUGAUAACAGUUGUGAUCAUUGUCCUGCUUCUAAAUUGGAUAAUUAUUAGAUCUGUUUACCGAAAAGUAUUUUGCAAAUCCAAGAAAGCCAAUAAGAAAGUAAAGCAACAUUAGACUAAAAUAGUUAAAGAUUAGUUUGACUUUUCAAAAACACUAAUUAAUAGAGUGAAAGUUAAAUAUUUUAGACUGCUAAUGAAAAAACUUACAAAAUGCAUAUUUCUUU